AUGUCUCGGGAGUUUGCUGCUGCUCGCCGCGCUUUGCUGCUGAAGGCGGGGAGAGAAAUAAAAGAGAAAAACCUGCAGCCGGUUUUGAGGGUUUGGUUCACGCGGACUUGCUUCAGGUCAGAAGACGGGUCUAUAUUUGUGACGGUCGAUGAAGACCUCCGCUUUGCGCGGAAUCCACCAGACGGCGACUGCAAGGGUUUAACGAGUGUAACCCCAGUAUUUGGUUUCUCUUUAUUUGCUCACGGCAUAUCGAGUUUAUAUACACAAGAGCUGCAGCAGCUACCAUCUGCUGCUGCUUCUGCUGCUGCUGCUGCUGCGCUGCUGCCGCACUGGCUCGGAUACACCACAGUAGCGCGAGAAGACGAAGAGGAGUUUCAGCAGGCAACCAACAACAUUGUCUCCAUUCAAUCGAGCCCGGCGCAGAAGGGGGCCCCGGGGGGCCCCCCGGGGGGCCCCCCGGGGGGGCCCCCGGGGGGGGGCCCGCAGCAGCAACAGCCUGCAACAGCAGCAGCAGAUGCACUGCAGCAGCAGCAGCAGCAACAGCUGCAGCAGGACCAACAGCAGCAACAAGAACAGCUGCUACACAUGCAGCAGCAACAGGACAUUCCCGCUGCUGCUGCCCCAGCAGCAGCAGCAGCAGCAGCAGCAGCAGCAAACAGCUGCCCUGCUGCUAGGGUAUCUAAACUGGAUGUUAUAUAUAGGGGGCCCGGGGCCUCCAUAGCACAUGAUCAGGAGGCGUCAGUGCAGAUACCCCGCAUGCUUGACAUGAGCUGCGGCAGUCUCUGGAGACGACAGCAGCAGCAGCAGCAGCAGCAGGCGUUCCCCUGCAUGGUGGUGGUGGUGGUGGUGGUGGUGGUGGUGUGCGUGGGUUGCGUGAGCCUUUGCUUGGUAGCAGCAGCAGCAGCAGCAGCCGAAGCAGCAGAAGCAGCAGCAGCAGAAGACAACAGCAGCAAGAAGAAGAGAACAGCAGCAGCUGGCUGCUGUCUUGCUGCACCGGCAGCAGCAGCUGCAUCCCCGCCCUUCGCCGCUGCUGCUCCCGCAUAUACCGUUCUCUGCGUCUCCGCCCCCGCAGCAGCAGACUGUACCCCUCAUCCCCAACAACACAACAACCAUCAGCAGCAGCAGCAGCAGCAGCAGCAGCAGCAGCAGCAGCAGCAACAGUACGCGUAG